UUAAUUAUUGUCCAUUUUUUCUGUUUUCAAGCUGAAAGUUUGACAGCCUACCUAGCCCAGUCACUUCGCCUCAGGGAAAAACCAAGCUCCAAGUUAGAGUCUUUUACCUUGGAGGGUAUAGCAAAGUACCUAGCAAGUGACCAGUGCAACAAUAUUAUUACUAUGGCAGGAGCUGGCAUAUCAACUUCUGCUGGAAUCCCAGAUUUCCGUAGUCCAGGAACUGGCUUGUAUGAGAACCUUGCCUCCUACAAUCUUCCUCAUCCUCAAGCCAUAUUUCAGCUGGAUUAUUUUAAGGAAAAUCCAAAGCCCUUCUUUGUUCUGGCUAAAGAGUUGUACCCUAGUGUUUUAAAGCCUACUCCUUGCCAUUACUUUAUCAAGAUCUUGAAUGACAAGGGAAAGUUGCUGAGACAUUAUACACAGAAUAUAGACACACUGGAACGAGUCUCUGGCCUGGAUUUUGACAAGAUUGUGGAAGCCCAUGGAUCAUUUCACACAUCACACUGCUUGAAUUGCAAUGAACUAUAUGACCUUGAGUGGAUGAAAGAGCAGAUUUUUGCUGACCAGAUACCAAUGUGUACUAAAGAGGGUUGCAGUGGGGUUGUCAAACCAGGUAAUGCAGAUUUUGCUAAAUGUGACUUACUGAUAGUAAUGGGCACAUCUCUCGCUGUUCAGCCGUUUGCUUCACUAGUCAGCAGGGUCCCUGCACACACACCAAGGUUAUACAUCAACUUAGAGAAAGGAGCAAGCAUUAACAAUCCUUUGGCUGCUCUAAUAUAUGGAGAUGGGUUUAAUUUUGAUAGCGAGGACAACUAUAGGGAUGUCUUUAAGGAAGCUACGUGUGAUGAUGGCUGUCAGGCACUGGCAGAUUUGCUGGGCUGGGGGGAUGAGCUCAAAAAGGUAGUCCAAGCUGAGCAUGCAAGAAUUGAUGGGUUAAAAACAUCCCAUGAAGCGUAA